AUGUCAUUCAGCCUGAUUCCUUCCGUCUACGCCCGCAGCGCCCUUCCAACCAUAUCGGACUGGGAGGCGGUUUGGGCGGCAUGGGAUGUUGUCACACGUGAGAUGCUGCCGCACGAGGAGCUGUUCGAGAAGCCCAUCAAGCUCCGCAACGCCUGCAUCUUCUACCUCGGCCACAUCCCCACCUUCCUCGACAUCCAGCUGAGCAAGACGACCAAGGAGCCGCUGACGGAACCGGAAACGUACUCGCUGAUUUUUGAGAGAGGGAUCGACCCUGAUGUCGACAACCCCGAGUUGUGCCAUGCCCACUCGGAAAUACCUGACGAAUGGCCCUCGGUGGAGGAUGUCCUGGCCUAUCAAAACCGGGUGCGAGCUCGCGUACAGAGCAUGUAUGCAAGCGGUGCCGAAAGCAUCCCGCGGCAUGUGGGUCGGGCGGUUUGGGUGGGCUUCGAGCAUGAGCUCAUGCACCUGGAGACACUGCUGUACAUGAUGCUGCAGAGCGACAGGACGCUGCCGCCGUCGCACGUGCCGGCGCCGGACUGGGAGAAGCUGGCGGCCAGGGCGAAGGGGGAGGGGGUGGUGAAUGAGUGGUUUGAUAUUCCGGAGCAGGAGGUCACCAUCGGGUUGGAUGAUCCAGAGGACGGGACGGACAUUGAUAAUGUGUAUGGCUGGGACAACGAAAAACCUGUCCGCCGGGUAAAAGUCCACUCUUUCCAAGCCCAAGGCCGCCCCAUCACCAACGAAGAAUACGCCCAAUACCUCUACAACACCUCGAGCAACAAACUCCCCGCCUCAUGGGUGGAAAUCCCCCCAUCCAACCACACCAACGGAACCACCUCCCCCCUCCCAGAAUCCUUCCUCCACAACAAAGCAGUCCGCACCAUCUACGGCCCCGUCCCCCUCUCCCUCGCCCUCGACUGGCCAGUCUUUGCGUCAUACGACGAACUCUCCUCCUGCGCCACCUACAUGGGCGGACGCAUCCCCACCUUUUUCGAAACCCGCAGCAUCUAUCAAUACGCAGAAGAGCUCAAGAAGAAGAAGGACGUGGAAAACCAACUCGGAAAGACAGUCCCCGCCGUGAAUGGUCACCUCUGCAACAACGGGGUGGAGAUUUCUCCCCCUGCUACCCCCACUACGACGACUGCUUCUUCUGAUGCUGGUGGGGAGGCUGAUUUGUUUAUUGACCUUUCAGACGCAAAUGUCGGCUUGCACAACUGGCAUCCUGUACCCGUGACGGGGAAGGGGAAUAAACUGGCUGGGCAGGCGGAGAUGGGCGGUGUGUGGGAGUGGACUAGUUCUGUGCUGGAGGAGUGGGAGGGGUUUGAGGCGAUGGGGUUGUAUCCAGGGUAUACGGCUGAUUUUUUUGACGGGAAGCAUAAUGUUGUUCUUGGGGGGAGCUGGGCGACGCACCCGAGGAUUGCGGGGAGGAGGAGUUUUGUCAAUUGGUACCAGAGAAACUACCCUUAUGCUUGGGUAGGGGCGAGGUUGGUGAGGGAUAUCUAA